AUGGCUGCCACACCCGAGACCGCCAGCCCAUGGACUUACAAUGUCCUGUGCGGCCUUUGGGCAACAGGUUUGUACUCCACUGGCGCCGGGCUGUUCCAGCUGACCGUGCUGCCUUCCUUCAUCCUUUUGGUCGGUGGGAGCAACUUUGACGUUGGCUUCGCAGAGGGCUUGCAAGGCCUGAGCAAUCUGAUCUUUGCCUUGCCGGUUGGGUACAUUGCUGACAAGUGGUCGAGACGAUUAUGCAUCAGGAUCGGUGCCACACUUUCCCUGCUGGCUGGCGUUUGCUUCAUGGUGGCGGUUAGUUUGGCGACUGCCGACAACGCAACAGCAUUUUCGAUCCUUUGUGCGGCCCUGGGAUUGCAAGGCAUAUGCGAUGGCAUAAUGAAUGGCCCCUUGGUCGCCUUGAUGGACGACUCAUGUCCUGCCGGCCGGCGCUCAGACGUGGAGACCACGAAUGCCGUGGUGUACGGCACUGCCUCGUCUGUCGGCCCGCUUGUCGGGUUAGUGGUUUUCCUAUUCGCUGGCAACACCUGGUCCCUAAGCUCGAUGAAGAUUGUCAUCUUCAUUGGCGUCAUCAUCUGCAUGAUGGCGAUUUUACCGUGCUUCUUCAUGGAUGACCGACGCGCGUUGGGCGAGUGCAGCGAGGCGGUGCAUCUGCAAGACCGGCUCAUGGGCGACUCGGAGGGUGCUCGUGAGCUGGUCAUCCGCAGUCAGAAGACAUCCUGCUUCGGUUUAAUCUCAGUACGUCGCGUUCGCCUCGUCUUGUUCGUGAACGAAAUGAUUCUUUCCUUGGGGGCCGGGAUGACAGUGAAGUUUUUUCCCGUCUUCUUCAAGCAGGAGGGACACAUCAAUCCAGCUGUUCUGCAAGCGGUUUUCGCUUCCUUGUCAGCCCUGACGGUCGCAGCGACACUGGUCUCAACCCGUGCCUCCAAAUGCGCCGGUCGCAUCCAAGUCAUCAUCCCCUGUUAUUUUGUGGGCAUAACUUGCACAAUUUUGCUGGGCGCAUUGAAGCCGUACUACACUGUGCCUGGAGUGAUGCUGCCGCUUUUUCUCCUUCGUUGCUGUUCACAGUGGUCCGCGAGCCCUUUACUUGGAUCCAUCAUUGCUGACUACACCCCGAAGGCGCAGCGUGGCCGGUGGAAGGCCCUAAGCUCCAUCGCAGCGACGGGUUGGUCUGGCAGCGCCGCAAUAGGCGGCGUCCUCAUAGACCACUUCGGUUAUGGCUUGACUUUUGCCAUCACCGGCUGCUUGCAAUCUUUUGCGCUGCCGAUCCUGUGCAGCCUCAUGCCCUUAGUCGCCAAAGAGUCCGAGCUCCUUGCAGCAGCGGAGAGGACAUGUGACGGGGACCAAAGUUGUCAUGCGUCCGAGAUUUCGAUGCAAGACGCGUGA